UACAUACAUACAUAUAAAAAAAACUAUUUGAAAAAUUUAUAAUUUUUGGUAAAUUAAUAAAGCCGUGGGAGUUUAGAAAUCAAAAUUAUUAACGUGUAUGACAUAUUUAGACCGUUGAAUACUUAUUAGAUUGUAAUUGUGGAUUCGUUUAACCAAAUAAAUGUCUUAUCAAAUAAAAUCAACGCCAUAUUUCCAACGUAUGCUAACGAAGAGCAAACACAAUGGUCAGUUACAGAUGCUAAAGAAAGAGUAUGAACGUAUGAACGUCUUCGAUGAGCUUAACAUUGACAUGAAAAUGCGUGAAGUCCGAUUAAAAAGAUUGUUCAAGGAAAUUGAACACAUAAGAAAAUGUAACUUAAAAAGAAGUCAUCGAUUAGAUCUGACAGAAAAGUCUAAAACCAAAGAAGCUGAACGUUUAGAAAAUUUGAAAAAAGCUAAAAAAUUGGGUCAAUAUUUUUCACAACGCAAUUUGAGAGACGCUGAACUUGAAGCAAAAAGAUUGUUGCGAAAAAAGCACAAACUAGAAGAGAAACAGUUAGAAUCAGCUGCAUUAAAACGUAUAAAGUACGGCAAUGAAAUAUCUGAUUGGAACAGGCGAAAUAUCCAAAAAGAGUUUCAAGCGCAUUGUAUAGGACACUCAAAUAAAUUAAAUUCCUAUAUUAAGAACGACACGAACAGUGAAAAAACGUUCUGUAUUGACAGAAAUGUGAAAUUACAGCAUGAAAUUUGUUACAAUCCCAACAUAUCUGAAAACAGCAAGAAAAUUAAAAAAGUAUCACCGAUACACGGCAAGUUUGUUAAUACAAACGACUGCAUAAAUUUUCAAGUAGAUGGAAACAGUGAUGCUAAGGCUUCUUCGGUUUUAACAUUAAGUGAAAAUGUUCAUCUUAUAGAUUUAGAAACAUGUGAUAAAAUGCAUGAAGCAAUAUUAAUAGAUAAUGAGAGUAUCCAACUCAUGCUAUCCUGUAAUACAAGCAGGCAUACUAAUUCAACCAGAGCAGUAAAGAAUUGGCAAAAAUUAGCUACAUUUAUAAGGAUCCAUUUUGGAGUGCAUCGGUCAAGUAAAGUUUGUGACCAAACCAACUACAAAGCAACAAAUGUAGACGAAUUAAACAAUCGACGAUUAAAAAGUAAUGAAUACUUAUUUGAAGCGAAACCAUUCAAAUCUUUGGAUGAUGACUACACAAUGCCAAUUUUAUCGCAAAAGAGUACGUUUUUAAAGCCCACUAUAUCACCUGAAGAUUAUUAUUACAAUGGACUUGCAGAGAAAAAAGAUGAUUCAAAAUUUAGUGUUGGAAAGUUGCGUCGUUUUUUCGAACAUCACAAUGAAUAACAUUUAUUUGUAUAUUUUCACAUUUUUUUUAAAAUUGGUUUUUGCUGUUAUUCGUCCUUUUCUUUAUAUUAUUUUAUUAAACACAUAAUCCUUUGGUGUCGCAAAAGUUAUCAGGAAA